AAUUUAUUGAUGUGUCUGCAUUCUGAAGAGAAAACCAAGGUCUCCAAUCUUCAAGAUGUCAACAUUUUGGAUGAGAAUCCUCCAGCUUCCAAAUGACGCAGGUGGAUUUCCUCGGGGCGUGGCUGUCGGCACACGUGGGCGGGGACCCACCGCGCCCUGCCGCCGAGGUGAUUAGCGUGGGAACGCGCCCGGCGGCCUCCCAGUCCCGCGCGGCACGGGGUCUCGGCGUGGACCGCGGGUCUCGGCGUCCGCAGGUCAUUCCAGAAAGAUGAGGAUAUUUAAUGUCUUUACAUUCAUAGCCCACUGUCAUUUGCUGAACGCAUUUACUGUCACAGUUCCCAAGGACCUGUAUGUGGUAGAAUAUGGCAGCAAUGUGACAAUUGAAUGCAAAUUCCCAGUAGAAAAACAAUUAGACCUCAAUUCCUUAGUUGUCUACUGGGAAAUGGGUGAUAAGCAGAUUAUUCAGUUUGUGCAUGGGAAUGAAGACCUGAAGGUUCAGCACAGCAGCUAUAGGCAGCGAGCCCGGCUGUUGAAGGAUCAGCUCCACCUGGGAAUCGCUGCGCUUCAGAUCACGGAUGUGAAAUUGCGGGACGCAGGGGUUUACUGCUGCAUGAUCAGCUAUGGUGGCGCAGACUAUAAGAGGAUUACCUUGAAAGUCAACGCACCCUAUCACAAAAUCAACCAAAGAAUUUCCGUGGAUCCAGUCACCUCUGAACAUGAACUGACAUGUCAGGCAGAGGGUUACCCUGAGGCUGAAGUCAUCUGGACAAGCAGUGACCACCAAGUCCUGCAUGGCAAGACCAAUGUCACCAAUUCCAACCGAGAGGAGAAGUUUUUCAAUGUGACCAGCACGCUGAGGAUCAACACAACAGCUAAUGAGAUUUUCUACUGCACUUUUCAGAGAACAGGUCCCGAGGCAAACAGUACAGCCAAGUUGAUCAUUCCAGAGCCACCAGUGUUUCACACGAAUGAGAGGACUCACUUGGUGAUACUGGGAGCCGUGCUAUUGUUCCUUGGUGUAGCAUUCACAGUCUUCUUCUGUCUAAGAAAAAAUGUGAGAAUGAUGGAUGUAGAGAAAGGUGACAUCCAAGAUAGAAACUCAAAGAAACUAAAUGACAUACAGUUCGAGGAGACGUAACGUAGCCCUGAAACUUUGGAUCUCCAAGCAGGGAUUCUCAGCCAAUGGUUUGGGAGUUCACCAGGGCCAGAGGAAUGAAUGGGCUGGCGGGAUGCAGAAGGUGUUGGACUUGAAAGGCUCAAGCACUAAAGACAGAACCUGGGAAAAAAAAGAGCAAAAUGAAAAAGCAUGGAGUGGCGAGAGGAGCCUGAAAGGAAGCGUUGGAAUUUCAGCAGGACUGCGAGAUGCAUCAGCACUGUGAGAAGGAGAAAGGACACUUCUGGAUGAGGGGCCUUCAUCCUAGGAAAGUGGGCUGAGAAUCCCUGAUUCAAUGGUCAGAUGUGGCAGAGGCACCCCUGGCCUCUGCUCAGUACCUGCAUGUGUCUCCCACAUACCUGAGAGGUCCAGGGUAGCACCCAUGUUCGAGUAUGAGUUAUUCCUAUUUAUUUUUAUCCUGUGGGGUCUUGUCAUGUGUAUGUGCUUGUGAAUGAUUUCUAUAGGAAGUAUAUUGCAAUAGAUGUUAACAUUUUGUUGCCAAACUAAGCUUGCUACUUAAUGGCUUAUUUGAGCCCCCAAAACAUUUAGUAUUUCUAAGGUGCUUGAUAUCCUGUAUAACUAUCUGUACACAUAGGAAGGAAGCAUAGAGAACAAACUGUUGGUUUGUUUAGGAUCUUACCUUACUUAACCCACUGAUACUUUGGUUGACUUGAGUAAUUUCAUUCUCAGACAUCAAGUGUCUGUCACAGUAUCUGUUCCGUUUAAAUAUCACUUUUACAACUGUGUGGACCAUACACACAUCAUCUCAUCUCAUCCCUUUAACAACUCAAGUUGUUGUAGUAACUACUAUCACACUCAUUCUACAGCUGAGGAAAAAGAGAUAGUAAGUAAAUUGCCCAAGCCAAUAAAUAGCAGACCUUAGAUUUCCAUGGCUGGCACACACUGUCCUUUUAGAAUACAAUUUACAGAUAUUUGACUUUAAGCAGUUCAUUCAUUCAAGAACUAUGUAUUCGGUGCCCUUGCAUGUUAUAUGUGUUUUGCACUGUGCCAGAUAUUGAAUCUACAUUUAUGAGCAAGACAUGGUAUCUGCCCUUAAGGUUCUCAUGGUAUAAUGAGAUCAAUUAAAAAAAUUAUUGGUAUAAUUAAGCGUAGUGUCAUAGCAUAAGGUGUUCAGAGAAUGAUGAUGUGAGAUGGAAAGUCUAGCAGCAUUCCCAAGAGGAGGGACACUCUAGGUAGUCAGUCAUUGAGUCCCUGGACAGUUGGAUAGACUUACACAUCUUAAUAAUCAAGGCAGUUUUAGGUCAUGAGAAGUCAGUAUUUAAAAAGCUUGUGGAAAAUAAUGUUGAGUUCCUUUUCUAGCAUUAUCCUUAUCCAUGAUUCAUUUGCUUCCAACAUACAGUCUGAUGCUUGUCUAUACAGUGUCCGAUUGGUUAGCAGUUCUUUCUUUCCUAUUUAAAUGCUAUUGAAUUUUGAAUUAAUCCUCUUCCGUAAUUCAAAAUUCAAAAGAUCAAUAGGAGAUAAGGAAGAUCUCCAUCCUGUCCAGGCAGACUUCUAUUUCCCUUUCCAAAGCAAUAAUUGCUGCCUUUUGCUCAUGUAUUCUAAGGACAAUCUAUAGAUGGAAAUGUAUGUUGCAGAUACUAAGUGAUAAUACAUAUAUGUCUUAUGUGCACUUUGCUGUUUUUAUUUAAUGUUUUGUUUUUUAUGUAGCAGCUGUAACAAAUCUGAAGUUCCUCAUGGCCAGAAAUUAUGUCUUACCUGUUUCUAGAUUGUCUUUCCCUAACCUGUAAGUAUCUUUCAUUUAGUGCUUGUUCAACAUGCACUAUGUAUAGCUUUAGACAACCAGCAUUUGCUGAACACUUGUUCUGGGGUGGAGUUUGGACUUGGUUAAUUUUGUGUACUAUGGUUUCUCAGGGGUGCACUACUAAGUCAACCUAUUCCCAAAGGGCAACCUUUAUUACCUCUGUGUGAUAGAAUUAUGUCUGGGACUUUUAUUCCCUCUAUCUUCUCUUGAGUAUAAGUUUAACUUUGAUGCUGUACUUGCAGAAUGACAUGUUCUUUUUUGGGAGUUUCAGCAGUGUGCUGGACUGCUGGCUGCCUUAUCUGUGGCAGGAGAAGCCCUUUAGCUGUGCUUGAACUUGUGAAUGCACUAGGUCUCUAAGGUGUUGUUUUCCAUGGAACUUGGAGAGACACCCUCUCAUGAGGUCUCUGAGUUUUGCUUUCCUCUUAGCCAUUUACUUGGCCAUUUUCUGGAACUUUCUUUGCUUUACCACACAUCAUGUCUGAAGAAAUAAAGUCUCUAACAAGACUCCUUCUUAAUCUAUUUGUAUUUCUACAGUCACUAAUUUGUAUGACAGUGUCCUUUGUGUGAAGCGUAAGCCAAGGUUCUGACUGAGAAAGACAUACCCAAGUCUAAGCAUCUCAUGGUGUUGGAUUUGCAAAGCACUUUAUUAUUGUUUUUUUGAGUUGUGUUUCAUUGUAAACAACAUGAGCAGAGAUAAUAUCUGAUUCUGUAUUUGAAGGUUAUUGUUUGUACCUGCAUUAAUUUAAUAAAAUAUUCUUAUUUAUUUUGUUUCUCAGUACA